AUGCCUGUCACAGUGACAAUCACUAAUCACGCAGCUGAGAACUGGACAGCCCCCAAAGUGACGACAGACAGCGAGCUUCUGAAGGAAGCCCAUCCAAAACAACAUGAGACUAUGAAACCGUCGCCCAACGGAUUUGUUUAUUCUGCUUACAUCGCAUAUACCAAACACCAUCACCUUACCAUCAGGCCUGAUGAUGUCUGGUUCGCGAUACUUUCGCAAUUUGGAUUCUAUGUCAAGAGGAAUUCAAAGGAGCUCCGUAGCUUGAUGGUUGCAGACGAGGGGGCAAAGCCAGUAAAUCACAGUUCCGUUGGGUUCAAAAGCGUGUCUGGAAGCGAUCGGACCCUUAUUCAUGUGGUACACAAUUCAGCCGUCCGCGCCGCCAAGGAUCCAAAACUACUCGAAUGGGCUAUGCCAUCGUUCUCGACCACGACCGAUACUGACCGCGCUGUUGCUACAGUGCUGCUUAUGGGAACGAUGCAAAAAUACUACAGAUGUGAUUUAGUAACAAAUUGCGGACUGCCUUCUGUGACGCUUCUGGGAGAAAUCGAGGACUGGCGAGAAAUCCGUGACAGACUAGAUUACCUGUGUCAGUUUGGUGACCAGCCGUCAGAGUUCGCCGAUAUGUUACGUCCAAUAUUGCGGCACAUGAUCCAUUCGUUUACCCAUCCGACCACUGAAGAGAUCAUCACUUUUUGGAAGGCUAUUGCAACGGAUUUCUCACUCGGUGUCAUUGGUGAAAAUACGAAAAUAACUGGUUGGAUCACAGCAUUUUGCUUCUGGGACGAAGAGGGAAAAGUGGAACUUCGAAGGCCUUGGAACACUCUGCUAGAUGGAGAGAAUUACCCAGCAAUUCCAGUGAACAGGAUACCCGCAGGCUCAGCUUGUGUUCCAAUGAAAGCAAUAAUACAUGGCAAUACGAUCGAAUGCACAAUGAUUGCAGGUUCUGUUGGAAUCCAAGCCUCCUCUCUGGCGCAACAGGAAGUCCCAGAAGCAAUACCCAGCAGAUCCACAGAAGAUGAAGUAUCAUCAUCAAAGCCAGACACAGAUGGUCUACAAGUCAUCCAGCCAGUAUCAGGGUGGUGGGUCUUCAUGAAAUAA